UUGGGAAAAUGGCUGACAGUGUUAAUACAAAUUCCGAGUGGAAAAUUUAUAUUUCAUUAUUUGAAUAUUAUUAAAUAUGAUUGCAAAUCGAAUAAAAUAAACUUUAAUUUCAAUAUAUUUAAGAUUUUAUAAAAUACUCCAUAUUAGGUGAGUUAAGAGGGACUCGGAAGUAGAAAAUUUCCAAGAGUACGAAAAAUGCUUUACGAAUCUUAACUUGUGUAAAUUGAUCACGUUCUUUAAUGUGCUUUGUAUGAAAAAUGAUUUAAUUGCAUUAAUUGAAACAAUACUGCUGAUAAGUAAAAUUAAUAUAAAAUUUUGAACAUUGGUUUACAAGAAUUAUUGAAAUAUAUGUGUAUAAUCGUUUACACUGUCUGUUCCAAUAAUGGAAAAUGAAAAGUGCACAUUAAUUUGUCCUCUUCACACCUAAUGUCAGCCACUUGCCGGUAAAAUAAGAUAAAUCGAAUAUAUUAACAUCGGAAUUACUAUUAGUCCAUCUAUAGUCUUGGCAGAAUUUUCUAACCAUGAAUAGUGCUUCUUAUGACCUAAAUGUUCACCAGGAUCCUCAUAAUGUUCAGCAUCAAGCACCGAAUGAACGUUUAUCACAUCAUGCCAAUAUUCAACCAGCCCUUGGUAACUUUUUCCUUCCUCCUGCUUCGACUUUACCCAUGUCUGAGCAUCAGCAAUCAAUACAAUUACAACUUCCAAAUGUUAGCACAUGUGCAGAAAAGGGACCCGAAAUUACCACAAAUUCAAUACCGAUUACAACUACCGGAACAAGUGAAUUAUUCGGUCCACGUCAAAUACCAUUGACCACUACCUUGGGCAAAACUUUUUUCAAUACGACUGUUCCUGGAAUUCAACCAUCAUCACAGAGAUUCUAUGGCGGGGUAGCAACGACGUCUUUAACUUCUACAUCAUCAAAUUCCAUGCAACAAGCGAACCGGCUGCAGCAUCAACAUGGCAAUACUAUUUUAAUAACAAAUAAUUUUUCUGCAAGUCAAUAUGGAACUUCAGCGCAGRUGCAACCACGAGCCACUUCAGGAGUUGUUAACAGCAGAUCGUCAGCAGUUAAUACCCUCACGGGAUGUUACCACAACGGAAACGCCAAUAAUAUUCGUAUAAUUACAACACUGCCAAAUACGUUGCAACAACAACACCAACAGCAUAUAUAUAACAAUGCUAAAGAUGAAGCCGCUGUUGGGCACGACGAUAUAAUACAACUCCCACAGUUCUAUCACACACCACAUCAGCAAUCUGCUUAUGCUCAGCAGUUGUCGACAGCAUUACCAACUCAUUUCACACAACAACAUUUUUCUGCUCCAACUUCAUCGGCGACUGCUUUGCAUAUCACGCAAGAUGAUGCUCAACACCAAUUCUUUAUGUCUAUGUCAAAUAACACAAACGAUGGCGUAGCUGCAGCAAAUAAUCUUUCRUCUGCUCCAAAGCUGAUGUCAGCUCUUACAGAAGAAUCUUCAACAGUUGCUGAUGGAGUUAACAGCUCAGCCACAUUGGUGUCUUCCCCCGCCUCAACGACAAGUUCGAACUCAACUCUUGUGUUGGAUCGAAUUAAUAUUUGUAUUAAUAAUCAUUAUAGCGAUACUUCCGGGAUUAAUUCUGGUAUUGAAUCUACCGCAACAGUGGCGACUUCUGCAAUAACAUCACCCGAUAAUACAUAUUCUCUAGCUACUCACACCCCACAACAGCCAUCUCCAAUUAUACCAGCAAUUCAUCACAAAGUAGUGCUGGACCCGGUUAGUAAUGGUGGAACGAUACAUAGCGAUUCUUACGCUAGCAACGAUUCUACAUUAGUCAUUGAUGAACCGGACUCUACAACAACAACUCCACAUACUCCACCCACCUCCCCCGAAAAUAGUACUUCACCACCUUUGUCAUUAAAUUUGGCGCCUACGAGAAGURCAUUAGCUUCACAAUCAACAUCUUCUCAAAUAAUAAUUGGAAAUGCAUCAAUUGAAACUAAAAGAAAUAGUGUAACAUCACAAACAACGGUUUGUACACCUACAAAAAGAAGACUAAUGAACAAAACCAUAUCCAAUGCUGCGGGAGAACCCUUUGCAACAAUUACGCAGAGUAUUGACCUACUGGAUGAUGAAGAAUGCGAAUACGUCAUUAGCGAUGAGGAGAAUGCAACUGAUACUGAAAUAGUGACUAAAACGAAUGAAAUAUCUGAAAACAGCAUUGUCGAAAUAGAAGAUARUGAAAUAAAAUUUUCAACUCCGGAGGCAAUACGCAUGAAAAACACAACGAAAUGCGAUGACGCUUCUUCUCCAAAUCUUGUAUUACAGCAWCAUAACAUUGCAGUAUUACACGACUCAAGUGAAGAUGUCGAUUUGAAAUACACAAAAUCGGUGUCACCACAAUCGCCUGCACCCAUAAAAAUAAUCCAAGUUACUCCUAAUGAAACAGCCUCACCAGUAACUCUUCUUACACCACCAACACCUACUACUUCGUCCCCUAAUUCUCUUGAUAGCUUAAUAGAUGACAAGAAAUCUGCAAAUUCAUCCGUUUCUUUAUCAAAGUCCAGUUUUAUGAUGGGCGAGGAUGUUUUUAUCCGAAAGGAUGAUGGCCGUCAAUAUCUGGGAACGGUUAUCGGCAGCAGCGGUGAUUCUGAGAUGAGUAAGAUGCAAAAAAUUCAGUACUUGAUACGUUUUGACGAUAACUCCGAGCUAUGGUGCGGCAUUGAUGAGAUGAGGCGGCUGGAAAAUAGUGGUGGGAAUGGUAAUGCUCAAAUGUGUGUAGCGUGUAAGCGUGUCCAAGAACAAGAUGUUAUAGAAACAUGUGAGGAUUGUCGGCGUGGAUAUCAUCGUUGUUGUACCAGAGAAACCACACCGGGCAGCGGCGUUUGGUUUUGUCUGCGUUGCAGUAAGCCUAUGAAGGAUCGAGCAAAACUAGUGGACAAGCAUUUAUGCAUGUCGUUAGUUCAAAACAAAUACAAAAGUAGCGACGAAAUUUCCAAAAUUUCGUCAUCUUCACAACGGAUUGCUCCACCAGAUAUAUAUGAAUUUCGUGUUGAAGAAAACGAAAUAUUUACUUCAGAUGAUGAAAUCCCCAUUAAACAUAUAAUGGAAAAGAGUCGUAAAAUAAAGGAUUCAAUACAAAAUGUAAACACAGGUUGUUUGAGGCAAAAAUCAGUCAAAAAGCAUAACAAUAACAAUACUAUAUUGUCUGAGAAGAUAUCGGUUCUGGACGAUGAAAAUGCUAAUGAUGCUAAUAGUACAAUACAGUCUAGCCAUUCAAUAAGAAAAGAUAAAAUUAAAGAAAAAGGUGUAUCUCCAUUAAAGACACCGCAGUGUUUAACUGGAAGUAUUAAACAGGUUACAGAUGAGAGUGAAUUUGAUUGCAAAAUCCUUGAUAGGGCACUCAUCUCUAAUGCAGUCAACCCCAAUUCUGCGUCAUUAGUAUAUAACAAUGUGUCUCCAAUGGUUUCAGAGCGGAACAGUCGUAAGCGCAAAGCAUUUAAAUUAUCAAAUUCCUACAAGGAGGUUGCUGCUGAGGCAGCCGCUAAGCGAUAUGACAGCAGUCGCAUUUGUGAUUCGUCAUCUGAUGAGAAUUCGUCCAGUAGUCGAGGUACAUCACUUGAUGUUAUCAUCCCACCGCCGAAAAACUUUUUAGGUCUUAAUAACCCUUUUCGCUUAAUUACACCUAAAAAGAAUAUACCCACAUCCCAAACGACAGGAACUUCAUCGGGAUGUGUUCAAAACUUAUUAAAUUUUAAUCGAAGCGGUACAAUGAUUAAAAGCAGUAUUUUUAAUACAACAGCUUUGGACUUCAGCUCUAAGCUGGCAGCGCUUAAAAACGCAGGUAUUUUUUCAAAUCUAAGUACAAGUAAUUUAGCCAGGGCUGCCGGACAGCCCCGAACAGUACGCACAAUCAAGCGAAGAUUGAGUGCCAAAGACAUAACAAUUGGUCCGAAUCAAGAGGUGCGGAGGAGACGAACUCGUCGCCUAUCAUCAAAUGUGGAGGUUAUUAGUACAACAACAAUCAAUCCAUUUCCUAGGAACUUUUUCCCUAUACAUGCCAAAGACUUGAUUACUACACAAACCCAACUCACAACAACAAAUACAACUAGAGUAUUGUCCACAUUUAACAAGCAGCAAAGUCAACGUCAAACCACAACAGCUACAACUGCAUCAUUUUCAUCAAUAUCAUCAUCAUCGUCAUCGUCUUCGUCGCCGCCAGGCUCCACGAGUUCGGGGGUGGAUGCACAAGUAGAAAUAAUACAACAAGCUAAACCGUCGCAUGGUCGACGGUUGAGGCAACGCCCCCAAAAGGUUUCACCCGCUAAUAGUCGCCGUAGUUCAAUUUCUAGUGCAAGCACUGUAUCAUCGACUAACUCAUCCAGCAAUAUAACGUUGGCAACAUUACAACAGCAACAACAGGAUUUACAUAAAAAUAACAACAAAAGCUCAAAUGCGAAUAGUAUGCAAGAUCUUAAACAGUCCGUUAAGGAAUACUUUGGUGGCGCAGUGAAUCGCAUUGAAUCUGGUGAACAAUUUUGCAUUCGUGCCAAACGACAAUUGGCCGAUGGUCAAAGGCAAUAUCUAAUUGAAUGGGGCGAUAUGGCAACAGCUUCGUCGCAAGCACAAUUAAUCCAAAAAAUAUCGCCGACAACUACAAAAAUCACAACAGCGACGGUAGAAUGUGAACACUAAAAGAAUCUACUUUUCCCGUACAAGAUUUAUAUUUUAUGCAAGUUUACUGUGUAUAAGUAAGACUUAUUCCUGGACAUUUGUUCAAAAGUCGCUGUCGGAUACAUUAAGUCAUAUACCAAAAUUCGUGGAACGUAUGGGAUAUUUAUAUACAGUCAUAUGAUUUUUACGAUAUUUGCUAAUUUAUAUGUUGCCUUAAAUUAUUGUUUGCAUAUAAUAUAUUUGGCAUGUUAAUUGUGAACAAUGUGAAUUGUAAGUAGAGCACUACAAUAUUUUUAAGUUUUUUCUUUAAUUUGUAUAUUGGUACAGACUGUUUAUAGUAAAUUUAAGUCCCAAUCGCAUUAAUUGGCUGUUAUUUAUUUUUUCCAUUCUUAAAAACAUAUAAAUACAUGAACGAGUAAYAUUUAAACAAAACAAGAAAUGGUUUGCUUGACAUUCGGUAUUUUACUUUCACAUACAAAAGAAGUAAUACGAUUUGUGUAUUCGUGUAUUUCUAAGGAUAUAGCACUUGAGUUUGAUUCACUUCAACCUACUACCAAACCAUUAAACCAGUCUAAUAUUAUAUGCAAUACAAUGCUAUAAAGAUAUUGAAUUGAAUGAUUUUAUUUCGCUUUAUACUUUUCGUUUUAGUUAUAAUAUUGUUUCCGCAAAUUUGGGAUAUAAAUAUAAGUAUGUAUAUUUCACGUAUUUUUGAGUUAUAAUUUAUUUCACUGCCAGUUUUAGUUAUGUAUAUUUAAUGAUUAAGUAACAUAUACAUAUAAGUAUUAAUUUCGAGGAGUAUACUGAAUGAAAAGUUUAACAUUAUACAGGUUUGAAAGUGCAAUGGCGCAAAUAGUAAUUUACACAUAUAAAUUUAUAUACAUACAUAAAACAUACUAAUAUAYGCACUAUGACAAGAGCGAACAGCCAAACUGAAAUUUGCGUGGUUAGGCGAUUAAGUUUCUUUGGAUCAAAAUUCUGGUCAAACUUAAGCCCACUGCUGAAAAGUUUUAUAGCCAAAAUCGGUAUAGUAAAUUAAGUAAAAUUAAAGUUUUGCGUCUAUCAUUAAAUAUCUUUAUAUAUGGUAUAUGUUAAUUAGAGUUUUUUUUUAUUGAGGAGGAUUCCAAUAGCGAAAUUGUAGUCUGGAUGUUAUAUAUGGAUAACACAUUUCCAUUAUUUUAGAAGCAACCCAUACGAUUAUGGAACUAUUGACAAUUUUUUGAGUAUUAUAAAUACAAAUUAAUUGAAUUAAAUGAAAUAUGUUUAGUAUGUAAUAUGUUUAAUUGGGAUGUCUAUGUAUUAAAAAAGUAAAAGGAAAAAUAAAUGUUUGUUUCAAAAUAUUCUA